AUGGCAAAUCAAGAACAUGAAAUCAUGAGAUUAGACACAUUAAAGAAGAUUGAUGUAAACUCGAAAGUCAGUGACAUGGUCGACGACCGACAGUGGCAACCAAGCAAGGUGGAUCGAAGGCAUGGAAAGAGGCCUCUUCCACCGCCGGAAGGUGGCGGUGGCGGCGGCAGAGACAGCGGCCAAGCCACCGCCGCCCCGCCUCCGCAGAGCACUCAAGAAGCUCCUCAAGAUCAAGGAAGCGUGAAGAAGCACUAUAGAGGAGUCCGGCAACGGCCAUGGGGGAAAUGGGCGGCGGAGAUCCGCGACCCGAAGAAGGCGGCUCGGGUUUGGCUCGGGACCUUCGACACAGCUGAGGAUGCUGCACUCGCAUACGAUGAAGCUGCGCUUCGGUUCAAGGGCGCCAAGGCCAAGCUCAACUUCCCCGAACGAGUCCAAGGCAACACCUAUCUCACCACCACCGCCGCCGCCUCCUCCGCCGCCGAUCCAUUGCUCCACAACACCUUCCCCGGGCUUCAGCAGUAUGCGCAGUUACUCUCCAGCAACGACGCCGACUUUCCUCACGCCACCUCAGCUCUUUACGGUUACUCCUCCGCCGCUGAUGCCAGCUUGAUUUCGCCGCCGCCGCCGCAGCAGCAGCAGCAAGAUUUUCAGGCGAGUUUUGACGGCGGUUUUCCUAGUUCGGAUUUUAUCGAUUAUGCCAGGUACUAUGAUGAUCCUAGUAACCCAAAUUGCUGAUUAAUUAGUUUGAUCGGUUUGUGAUGAGGAGAAAUUGCAGUUUGAUUUAGUAGUUUUGGAUUGAUUUCUCCAUGGUUGAUUAGAAUAAGACGCCAAGGUUAAGCAAUUGUAAUGGCAAGAUUGCUUGUAAUGGAUUUUAUCAUUUCAUCAAUAUAUCCUAAUUGCUUC